CUACCGUCACCAUGAGCGGCCGACGUGAUUUUCUGUCGAUGCCCGCGCCCGAGAACUAUGUUGCUGGUCUUGGGCGUGGUGCGACGGGAUUCACGACCCGAUCCGAUUUGGGACCCGCGCGUGAAGGACCUUCGGAGGAGCAAAUGAAGGAGAUGCUGGCCAAGCGAGCUGCGCAAUUGGGACAGCCUGCGCCUUCAGCCUACGGUGCGGUGGAAAAGAAGGAGGAAGACGAGGAAGAGGAUCGGUUUCAAGACCCAGAUAAUGAGGUCGGUCUUUUCUCGAAUGGCAUGAAUUACGACAAGGACGACGACGAAGCGGACAGGAUAUAUCAAGAUGUGGAUGAGAAGAUGGACAAGCGUCGACGAGCCAGAAGGUUAUGUUCAUCAACAUUGUAUUUGCGACGAACAGAUACCGACCCAACUCCGAUGUCUAGGGAAGCGCGCGAGCAAAAAGAACGAGACGAAUACGAGAAAAACAACCCCAAGAUCCAGCUACAAUUCGCCGAUCUGAAACGAGCCCUCGGAAGUGUCUCGGAAGACCAAUGGGCUGCACUACCGGAAGUGGGAGACAUGACGGGCAGAGCAAAGCGCGAACGGGAGAAUCGCAUGGCCAAUGCUCGAUCGUAUGCCGUUCCGGACAGUGUGCUACAGGCCGCUGCGUCUUCUGGUCAACUAGAGACAUCCAUAUCCUCAUCGGACGGUGAAGGAACCAUGACGAAUUUUGCUUCUAUCGGUGCCGCUCAAAAAUCUGCGCUUCAAGUUCGACUUGAUUCUGCGGCGAACAGCUCGGGAACUCGCACAAAUGCUUCUGGAACCUCUACUUCAGUAGAUGCCAAGGGAUACAUGACCGAGUUGGACAAGAAGCAGGCUAGGGGCGAAGAGCUCCCCGUGGAGGAUGUCAAUCGCGCCAGGAUGUUGCUAGAGUCUGCUGUCAAGACCAACGUUCAUAACGGACCCAGUUAUGUUGCCCUUGCACGACUUGAAGAAGUUGCAGGAAAAGUGCAUACUGCGAAAAAGAUCAUUGAGAAGGGAUGUGAUAUGUGUCCCAAGUCUAUUGUGGUAUGGGAGGAAGCCAUUCGUUUGAACCGGGAGCAAUUACCAAACGCCAAAAUCAUUGCUGCCAACGGGAUCAAGACUAACCCAAGAGCCAUCAAACUUUGGAUGGCUGCUAUCGAUCUGGAACAAACACCGGCGGCUCGAAAGAAGGUCACUCGCCAGGCCAUCGACCGUAACCCCCAGUCUGUUGAGUUGUGGAAGAUUCUGAUCAACGACACCGAAGACAUUGAAAGUGUGAAGCUUCUCUUUGCCAAAGCUACUGACACUGUGAAGCUCUCAGAGGAGCUGUGGAUCUCAUAUGCCCGUGUGAGUGGACCUGAAGAAGCCCAGCAGAUUCUAAACGCUGCUCGCAAAGCCAUACCGACGAGCUGGUUGAUCUGGGUUCACGCGUGUCGCCUACAAGAAGAGCUUGGAAAGAACAGCACUUGCGACAAGAUCAUGGAGAGGGCAGUCAAGGCACUCAUCAAAGAAAAUGCCAUGCCGAGUCGCGAAGAUUGGAUCACACAGGCAGAAAUUUGCGAAGAGGAAGGUGAUGUGGUUACGGCAGGUGCCAUCAUCAAAGCCACCAUCGGCUGGAAGCUGGACGAAAAUGAUGAACGCAAGGAUACUUGGCUGGAAGAUGCGAAGAAUUGCACCGCUCACGGACGCUAUGCGACUGCGCGAGCCAUUUUGGCGUACACGGUAAGCAUGUUUCCCUACAGUACUCGGGUUUGGCUCGCCUCUGCCGACCUGGAGAAACACCACGGUACCGCGGAAGCAUUACAGCAGAUCCUCGAACGUGCCGUCACGGCUUGUCCCAAGCAAGAAUCGCUCUGGCUCAUGUAUGCACGCGAAAUGUGGCAAGCCGGUAACCCAGAAGGCGCUCGAGAAGUGCUGGCGCGGAGUUUCGCCGAAGUUCAAAACAACGAAAACCUAUACGUCCGAGCAGUCGACCUUGAAGUGGAUGCCGGGGAAUACGACAAGGCGCGACAGUUCCUCCACAUUGCCCGGAAUUCCUCGCCCACGGACCGCAUCUACUUCAAAUCCGCCGUGCUCGAGCGCCAACUCGGCUCCUUUGAAACCGCGCUCGACCUGUGCAACGAAGGCCUGCAAACCUUCCCCGGCAGCUGGAAAAUCCACGCCGUCAAAGGCCAAAUCUACGAAGCCCUAGGCAAGCUCAAAGAAGCCGAAGAAGCCUAUUCCCUCGGCACGCGCGCGGCGCCCAAAGCACCGGUCCUAUACACACUCCUAUCGCGGAUCCAAGAAAAAACAGGCCUAGUCGUAAAAGCGCGGUCCACGCUCGACAGAGGCCGCCAACAGAACCCCAAAGAACCCCUCCUCCUCGUCGAAGCAGUCCGCCUCGAGCGCCGCCAAUCCAACACCAACGCCGCCGCCAAAAUCAUGGCCGCCGCCCUCCAAGAAUGCCCAACCUCGGGCCUCCUCUGGGCCGAAAAAAUUAUGGCCCUCGAAUCCCGCACCCAGCGCAAACCCCGCGCCCUCGAAGCCAUCAAAAAAGUCGAACAGGAUCCCCUCCUCUUCGCAGUCGUCGCCCGCAUCUUCUGGGCCGAGCGCCGCCUCGAUAAAGCAGCUACCUGGUUCACCAAAGCCCUCCUCCUCGACCCGGAUUUCGGCGACGCCUGGGUCUGGUAUUGGAAGUUUCUGGAUAUGCAUGGGACUGAGGAGAAGAAGGGCGAGGUCCUUGGUAGGAUCGCUGCUGCGGAACCAAAACACGGCGAGGUUUGGCAGGCGGUUAAUAAGGAUCCCAAGAACUUCCGCAAAAGCGUCGAGGAGAUUCUGAGGAUUGCUGCUGCAAAGGCUGAGUGA